AUGAUGGACGACGGGCAUGAUGGCAGUGUCGACAAUGCUUGUCAUCGCUGCGAUGGCAGCCGAGAGGCUGAGACAGAGGCUGAAGCUGUCGACCAUAACAAUGCAGACAAACAGCACGUCGCCGAAACGCCACAGCAACACGAUGGCAACGGCAACAGCGAGAACAGCAGCAGCAGCAGCAGCAAUGUGCGGUCGCGGGUUGCACUUGCAGAAUGCAUGCGCACAGUCCAAGUGGUUGCAGCCGAGUUGAGAGAGAUGGCCAAGACGUAUGCAACCGUAUGCAGUACACAGCUUUCAGACAGCAUUGGCAGGCUCAUUGAUGCAUACGAGCACAUGACAGAGGAGAGGGCGCUGCAGGGUGCCAUUGUUGCACCCAUUCGCACCUUGUCUGCGCUCUCGUCAACGCUGGCUCCACAGGACCGCAGAAUCCUCAGUGCCAUUCUUUAUGUGGCAUCCCGCGCAACGCGCGAGGCUGAAUACGCCAUUCACCGAAGCGAGCCCGUGUCGAGCUCCACAGGUAGCGCAGAUCCGCGUGCACGUACCACCAUUGCCAUGACACUCGCAACCACACCAUACGCGACGCCAGCUCGAGCCACCAUGGUGCGAUCCAGGACAACUGGAGCGUAUCCGAGUGUGCUGUCCCCUCUUGCCGGUAUUGCAGACACGCUGCUGCUGCCUGCGGCAGCCUCAAGACGGACUGCACCACCAUCUCCCUUUGUGAACGACACCAAACAGCAACAACAACAACAACAACAACAACAACAACAACAACAACAACAGCAACAACAACAACAACAACAACAACAACAACAACAACAACAACAACAACAACAACAACAACAACAACAACAAGUGCGUGUGCAUCAGCAGGAGCACGCAAAGGAAGUAUCAUCGUCGCUGUCAUCUCCUGGAGACAGCGCACUUGGUGGCGCCCAACGUCUCCACGAGCUCCUUGCUGAAGGUGAACAUCGCACGCCGUCGCCCGCCAAUGCAACGAGGCACCACGACACAGCACAUCAAGUGCAGGCAUGCAAAGAAGAACAUGCAACACACACGACCGCAGCACCCAAGGCAACGCCAUCAACAGCCGCGACUUUUGCGACGGAGCAGGAGGCAACCGAGGACGUGAACCUGCUGGAGGAGAGCUUUGCAUCUGACCUGAACGUGAGCGGGUGCAGCGGUUCGGCCUUGCGCGACGUGUCCAAUUCGCCUUUCGUUGUGCGGUCAAAGUCUGCUGCUGUGGGUGCCGUCAAGACACCACGCACUGCAUCCGGCAAUAAGAGGCAUUCUCGCGUGCACACAGGCACACCCGCCAUGUUUUCGCGCCAAGAUGCCAUCGAGGGCACGCCCGAAUCCGUCGAGAGGACAUGGCUUCACGCCGCUGCAAGAGGAAUUUCGCAGGAGGAGCCGAGGAUGCCCACGCUGCAAGACUUUGACAAGCUGAAGGAUAUCUCACGGGGCGCAUUUGGAAGCGUGUUUCUGGUGCGCAAGCGCACCACACGUGACGUGUAUGCAAUGAAGGUGAUGACAAACCGCACGCUGCAGCAGAAGAACAUGCUUGAACAAGUUAUCAGCGAGCGCGACGCCAUGGCGCUAUCCACCAGCCCCUAUGUGGUCAACCUGUUCUACUCGUUCCGCUCUCCCUACGGCGUGCACCUGGUGAUGGAGUACAUGAUUGGCGGCGACCUUGGCCAGCUCCUGUACAACCUGGAGGCCUUUGAGGAGCACGAGGCGCGCUUCUACCUUGCCGAGAUUGUGCAGGCGCUCGCCUUCCUGCACCAGCACGGCAUCAUCCACCGCGACCUCAAGCCAGACAACAUCCUCAUCUCCGCCACGGGCCACAUCAAGCUGAGCGACUUUGGGCUGUCGAAGGUCCUCAAGCACGCCUCAUCUUCGUCGUCGGUUGAGCGCAGGGCGUCGUCAUCGUCAUCUCUCUCCUCUUCUUCUCCAUCAUCAUCAUCAUCAUCAUCAUCAUCAUCAUCAUCAUCAUCAUCAUCAUCAUCAUCAUCAUCAUCAUCAUCAUCAUCAUCAUCAUCAUCGUCGUCAUCAUCAUCAUCAUCAUCAUCGGCCAUGGGCACGGGUGGGGUGGCAAGCAGGACCAGCAGCGUGGGCUCCUCCGCAGCAACGUCCACCAGCACCAGCGCAGGCAGCAGCGCAACCGCCAGCAACAGCAGCAGCAGUAAUGGCACGCCAGCCUCCGCAGCACACGCCAGUGCCAGGGCGAAGGAAGUCGGCGGCGACCGUGGUGUUGAUGAUACCAGUAGGACCACCGCGGCAAGCACCUCCGCUGACACGAUCACCGCUGGUGCCUGUGCAAUGUACGGCAGCCCCUUUCUAGGGCACUCUGUGCUUGGGGUGGCCUGGGCAAGCGCCCCUCUCCCUGCUAUCGACGAAGGCGAUGAACACGCAGACUCGCACCACGCCGGUGACGGCAGGAACGUCAACACAACAACAACGCCUACACGCCACACACCCUCCAAGAAUAUGGGACAAGGCAACCCUGGACGGCAGCGAAGACGUGGCGGUGGCAGUUGCGGUGACGAGGAGAAUGCAGGGACGAGGGGUCGUGAAACGGCGCCACCACCAUCGUCAACGCGCCACGCACGCCACCGUCGCCGUCGCCGCAUGGGCACCCCGCAGCAGCAACGGCAGCAGCAGCGGUCGUGGUUGGGCGAUGCGGCAUUGAAGCGCACGCCCGGCCAGCAGCUGUCGCUCCGGUCCGACCUGACCAAAGUGCCCUCCUCCUUCAGCAAGCGGAAGCUGCUGCUGCGGCUGCAGGCACGAGAGCGCAGCCCUGCGAGCGUGCUUGACGAAGCCGAUGAGUCGCCCAUGUCUGCUGCGCUGGUUGGGCGACACGCGACCAGCAGCCCCAGCCCGCGCAUGGACGUGAAGCGGGCAAAGCGGCGUGGCGUGGUGUGGCCGGGCGGCGUCGCUUCCCCGCCAUACUUGUCGCCGUCCACACUGCGGUCACAAUCGCGCGGGCUGUUUGCACACGUGGACGCAUCCUCCCCAGCCGUCAGCUCCGGUGAUGAGGCCGACAGCCGCGCUGCAUGCAGUGAACAACAACAACAACAACAACAACAACAACAACAACAACAACAACAACAACAACAACAACAACAACAACAACAACAACAACAACAACAACAACAACAACAACAAACGAGGCAACAGCACCAGAUUGUGCAGGCAGUACUCUCGGGUGGUGGCAAUCACGAUGAAUGCUGUGGUACAGUUGUAGCUACACCGGGACAAACACCAUCAGCAGGGGUGAGUGCGGAUUUGCAUACGCCUGCAGGGCACGUUGCACGGUGCGAGAGCGUACACACACCGCGACGUGGCAGGCCAGAUGGAUUCGCAGUGUCACAGGAGGGGUGGAUGGGCGCGCCGGUUCAGGGCGGCAGCAGCACCUGCACAACCGAUCAAGUGCAGCAAACACGCCACCAGCAGGGCAAGCAUGAAGAGGAGACGCAGCAGCAGCAGCAGCAGCAACAGCACGAGCAACGUGAAGAUGGGGUGGUCCAAGAUCAGGAACACGCGCACAGCACAGGCCCUGCAGUGCAGGUGGAAGGGACGGGCGUGAAAGGCACGCCAGACUAUGUUGCGCCUGAGCUACUGCUGGGAACAGGACACGACCAAGCUGCGGAUGUGUGGUCGCUCGGGGUGAUUGCGUACGAGCUUGUGGCCGGACUGCCGCCCUUCAACGACGACACGAAGGAGCUGGUGUUCCAGCGCAUCUUGCAUCACGACUUUGAGCGGCUCGACGAGUACCUGAGUCCGGACCUGACGUCCUUCAUUGACGCGUGUCUUGCUUACGACCCCAACCAGCGGUCGACAGCGAGCGCGCUGAAGAAGCACGCCUUCUUUGCCGGCAUUGAUUUUGCCGCGCUGCUGGAUACAGAGCCGCCGUUUGUACCGCGGCCGGAGAACGAAACAGACACGGCGUACUUUGAAGGGCGUGACCGCGGGCGCCUGAGUGUGAUCCCAGAGAUGGAACACAUCAGUGAUCGGGAGCGGAGACAGGCAGAUGUGUUGCUGCUCGACGACAUGAACAGCCCACUUCCUGCGGCUGCGGCAUCAUGA